AUGGAAUCAAUUGAAUCAGAUAAUGAAAUGAAAACAUUUACUCAUGCUUUAACAUCAGACAACCCUAGUAGCUUGAAAGGCGAAGAUGGGGCUGUUGCUAUUGCACGUGGGUUGGAAAUGCACAAUGCGUUGACUGAUUUGAAUUUGCAUGGGAACACCGCUCAAGUCAAAGAGCAUCUAACACAAAUUCGAGAAACAGUUGCAAAGCAUACUGAAGAAAUAACUAGGUUACAAUUGAAAUCUAAUGGUAUUGAACAAUACGAUCGAAGGCUAAAUAUACUUGUACAUGGAAUACCUGAGAAAGAUGGUGAAAUAACAAAUGAUUUAAUUGUUGAUAUGUGCGAUUCCAUUCAAGUUCAUAUUAAACCAAUAGAUAUUAGCGCUUCUCAUCGAUUAGGAAAGAAAUGUAUUGGUAAGAAUCGACCAAUAAUUUGUCGUUUGUUACGCUAUGACAUGAGAAAAGAAUUAUUUUCUAAUAAAAAGAAAUUAAAGAAAACUGAAAAUUAUAAACGAGUUAAUAUUAUUCAAGAUUAUUGUUGA